AAUCCCCAGAUCUCAAUCGUCUUCAAGGAGGAUCAAAAUAUGUAAAUAUUCAAAGUUUCCGUCAGAUAUGACAUCUCCCCGCAGCUUAUCGGAUCUCGAGCGGGGCUAAGCUAGGUUGCAAGGGUCUAACGUCGUAAGCUCGGAAUUGCUGUCAGGUGAUCGGCUACGGGCCACACGAAAGGCACAACGAAUUUUUGAAAUAGCACUUGAAUUUCGCGACGACUUACUUCAAAGUUCCUACACGAGAAAGUAAAACUUACGACAACACAGUCACCUGUUGAUUCUCAAAAUGUCGAACGCUGAGCUCGCAACCUCCUACGCGGCUUUGAUCCUCGCCGAUGACGGUGUUGAUGUCACUGCCGACAAAUUACAAACUCUCAUCAAGGCUGCCAAGAUAGAAGAUGUUGAGCCCAUCUGGUGCUCUCUUUUCGCCAAGGCUCUCGAGGGCAAGGAUGUCAAGGACUUGCUGUUGAACGUCGGAUCUGGUGGUGGAGCCGCCGCUGCGCCAGCUGCUGGUGGAGCUGCUGCAGGAGGUGCCGCUGCUGCUGAGGAGACCAAGGAGGAAGAAAAGGAAGAGGCCAAGGAGGAGUCAGACGAGGAUAUGGGUUUCGGUCUCUUCGACUAAGCGCGCUUCUUCAACUUUCCUGUCUGUACUUCAAAUGCAUGGCCACGGUUUUCUCGGUGCAACAUUUGGCUGGUCACUGGUCGAGUAGCUUUCCAUAGAU